UCGGUGUGGGGCCGGCGCGGGUUCAGAGCCCCGGGAGCCCCGCAGCAGGCUCGGCCGGGACGUUGGGCGCUGCCGCCAGGGGCCCGCAGCAGAGAAUAAAUAUGGCGGAGCUUUCUGAGACAGAAGGACCAGUAGAUUGGAAAGAACGAUGUGUAGCUCUGGAGUCCCAGCUCAUGAAAUUUCGAGUUCAAGCAAGCAAGAUAAGAGAGCUCUUAGCAGAGAAGAUGCAACAGCUUGAGAGACAAGUUAUUGAUGCUGAACGUCAAGCAGAAAAAGCUUUUCAACAGGUACAAGUUAUGGAGGAGAAAUUAAAAGCAGCUAAUAUUCAAACCAGUGAAUCAGAGACAAGGUUAUAUAAAAAGUGUCAAGAUCUGGAGACCCUAAUACAGGAAAAAGAUGACAUCAUUCAAAACUUGGAACUGCAACUUGAAGAGCAGAAACAAAUAAGGAUACAGGAAGCUAAAAUAAUAGAAGAGAAAGCAGCUAAGAUCAAAGAAUGGGUAACAGUUAAGUUAAAUGAGCUGGAAUUGGAGAAUCAGAAUCUUCGUUUGAUCAACCAAAACCAAACCGAAGAGAUCAGGAGAAUACAGUCAAAACUGCAAGAAGUUCAAGGGAAGAAGUCAUCCACUGUCUCCACCCCGAAGCUUUCGGAAGGCCAGCGCCUAAGCAGUUUAACCUUUGGGUGCUUUUUAUCCCGAGCCAGGAGUCCUCCUCAAGUAGUAAAAUCUGAGGAAAUGAGCAAGAUAUCAUCUAAAGAACCCGAGUUCACUGAAGGAAAAGACAUAGAAGAAAUGGAAAUUCUAGAACAGUCUGUCGAUAACCACAUUCAAGAAAACAACCGAGGUCAGAGAACAUUACAUCAAACCUCUUGUGUCCCAGAACAGAAUCGGAAAGCCAGAACAAGCUUUGUAACGGAUGGUGGCGUAUCCCAGAAUUCGGGGGCACCAGUGAGUGACUGGAGUUCCGACGAGGAAGACGGGAGCAAAGGAAGGUCCAAGUCCAGGUACACAUCCACCCUUUCCAGUCACACGUCAGAGGAAGGAGUCCACUGUAGCAGAAUGGGCAGCGAGACGUAUCUGACAGCAUCUGAUGACAGCAGUUCUAUGUUUGAAGAAGAGACUUUUGGCAUAAAGAGACCAGAACACAAGAAGCUGUAUUCUUGGCAACAGGAGGCACAGUGGAAAGCUCAGAAUUGUCCUCUCGGAAAGGGAAGUUCUGAAUCAAGUAAAAAGGAGCAUGAUAGUUCCUCAGAUGAACUGAAUAAAAAAUUUCAGUCUCAGAGACUGGAUUAUUCAUCUUCAUCGAGUGAGGCCAACACCCCAAGCCCUAUUUUGACCCCAGCUUUGACUCCAAAGCAUCCUAACUCACUCCCUGGAAAAGGAACACAUUUAGUGCCUUCAUCAAACCUGCUACCCGCAAAGUUGAGGAUUCCUAACGUUUUCAGUAUAAGCGUAGCACUAGCCAAAAGGCACUUGAGCCAGCCACAGUUAAGUUCUGAUAGGAUGUUUGGUACAAACAGAAAUGCUAUAAGCAUGAUACGACCACUGAGACCUCAGGAAACAGAUCUUGAUCUAGUUGAUGGUGACAGUACAGAAGUUUUAGAGACUAUGGAUACUAGUUGUGAUGAUGGAUUGUUUUCCUAUGACUCUCUGGAAUCCCCGUGUUCAGAUGACCAGGAAACCUGUGACUCAGCCAAGAAGGCGGCGUGCAGCAAACCUCCAACUCCUCCACUGCACCGUUUUCCCUCUUGGGAGAGCAGAAUUUAUGCUGUAGCCAAAUCAGGCAUUCGAAUGUCUGAGGCCUUCAAUAUGGAGAAUGUUAAUAAAAAUUCUGUUGCAGUGCUUUCAUAUACCACAUCAGGACUUUAUACAUCUCUGAUAUACAAGAAUAUGACAACCCCAGUGUACACGACUUUGAAAGGGAAGGCGACCCAAAUAAGCAGCAGCCCGUUCCUGGAUGACUCCUCUGGGUCCGAGGAAGAAGAUAGUUCCAGAUCCAGCUCCCGGACUUCGGAGUCAGACACGCGCAGUCGGAGUGGGCCAGGCAGCCCCAGGGCCAUGAAACGAGGUGUGUCUCUCUCUUCUGUGGCUUCUGAAAGUGAUUAUGCUAUUCCCCCAGAUGCUUACUCCACAGACACAGAGUACUCACAGCCUGAGCAGAAGCUCCCUAAAACUUGCUCGUCUUCCAGUGAUAAUGGGAAAAAUGAACCACUGGAAAAAUCUGGCUAUUUAUUAAAAAUGAGUGGUAAAGUCAAGACUUGGAAGCGGAGAUGGUUUGUUCUUAAAGGUGGUGAAUUACUGUACUACAAGUCUCCGAGUGAUGUGAUUAGAAAACCCCAGGGCCAUAUUGAACUUAGUGCAUCCUGCAGUAUUUUAAGAGGAGAUAACAAACAAACAGUUCAGUUGACCACUGAGAAACACACAUACUAUCUGACUGCAGAUUCUCCUAAUAUAUUGGAGGAGUGGAUUAAAGUGUUACAGAAUGUUCUUCGAGUACAAGCUGCCAACCCGCUUUUCCUGCAACCCGAGGGCAAACCGGUGGUGAAGGGAUUGCUCACUAAGGUAAAACAUGGCUACUCCAAGAGAGUCUGGUGCACACUUAUAGGAAAAACCUUAUAUUAUUUUCGUAGUCAAGAAGAUAAGUUUCCUUUAGGUCAGAUCAAACUCUGGGAGGCUAAAGUUGAAGAGGUUGACAGAUCCUGUGAUUCAGAUGAAGAUUAUGAAGCCAGCGGGCGAAGUCUGUUAUCCACACAUUACACCAUCGUGAUUCACCCCAAAGACCAAGGUCCCACUUACCUCCUAAUUGGAUCUAAGCAUGAAAAGGACACUUGGCUUUAUCAUCUGACUGUUGCAGCUGGAAGUAACAAUGUAAAUGUCGGAUCUGAAUUUGAACAACUUGUUUGCAAAUUGCUAAAUAUAGAAGGAGAACCUUCUUCUCAGAUAUGGAGACACCCUACUUUGUGUCACAGCAAAGAAGGAAUCAUUUCCCCUCUGACAACACUACCUUCUGAAGCUCUGCAGACAGAAGCUAUUAAAUUAUUUAAGACCUGCCAGCUUUUUAUAAAUGCAGCAGUUGACUCCCCUGCAAUUGAUUACCACGUAUCUCUAGCCCAGAGCGCUUUGCAAAUCUGUUUGACACAUCCUGAGCUACAGAAUGAAAUUUGCUGUCAGCUCAUUAAACAGACAAGACGGAGACAGCCUCAGAAUCAACCAGGACCAUUGCAGGGCUGGCAGCUCUUGGCGCUCUGUGUUGGGCUCUUCCUUCCCCAUCAUCCUUUCCUGUGGCUCCUCAGGCUCCACCUAAAGAGGAAUGCAGAUUCCAGGACAGAAUUUGGAAAAUACGCCAUUUAUUGCCAGCGAUGUGUAGAAAGAACGCAACAAAAUGGAGAUCGAGAAGCAAGACCCUCAAGAAUGGAAAUUCUUUCAACCCUUCUUAGAAAUCCUUAUCAUCAUUCUUUGCCCUUCAGUAUCCCCGUGCACUUCAUGAAUGGGGUAUAUCAGGUAGUUGGAUUUGAUGCAUCCACCACAGUGGAAGAAUUUUUGAAUACUUUGAACCAGGAUACAGGAAUGAGGAAGCCAGCACAGUCUGGAUUUGCAUUGUUCACGGAUGAUCCUUCUGGCAGGGAUUUAGAGCAUUGUCUUCAAGGAAACAUCAAGAUUUGUGACAUUAUUUCUAAGUGGGAACAGGCUUCCAAAGACCAGCACCCUGGGAAAUGGGAAGGUACGAGAACUGUUCGCCUCACUUAUAAAAACAGACUAUAUUUCUCAAUGCAGGCUCGUGGAGAGACUGAUAGAGAAAAGUUGCUGUUAAUGUAUCAGACAAAUGAUCAAAUAAUAAAUGGACUUUUUCCUCUGAACAAGGACCUGGCGUUAGAAAUGGCGGCUCUUUUAGCUCAGGUGGAGAUUGGAGAUUUUGAAAGACCUUUUUCAACUCCAGCAGGGCAUGUUACUAAUCAGUGCAAAGCAAACCAAACUCUAAAACAGGUCAUAGAAAAAUUUUAUCCGAAAAGGUAUAGAGAUGACUCUUCUGAAGAACAGUUAAGGCAGCUUUGCCAACGACUGUCAACCAGAUGGAUGGCCCUUCGGGGACACAGUGCUGCUGAUUGUGUGCGAAUUUAUUUGACAGUAGCCAGGAAGUGGCCAUUCUUUGGUGCCAAGUUGUUUCUUGCAAAACCCAUAACUCCAUCAUCACUUGGAAGUACUUUCUUGUGGCUGGCUAUACAUGAGGAUGGCUUAAGCAUCUUAGAAUACAACUCCAUGAGGUUAAUAGUCAGCUAUGUGUACAAGAGUCUAAUGACCUUUGGAGGUCACCAGGAUGAUUUUAUGAUAGUCAUUAACAACACACAUUCAAAGGACAAACCAACAGAGAAAUUACUUUUUGCCAUGGCAAAACCCAAGAUCCUUGAAAUCACUCUUUUGAUUGCCAGUUACAUAAACAACUUCCAUCAGCAAAAAGCAGCCUUUCACCACCUCUCUGCGCCAGCCCUGCUCUCAGCUCGGACCCAGGGACCCCAAGCAAGGGCUAUGGGUAGUCAGCCCCUUCUGUCCAGCAGCAGACCUACCAAAGGCCCCACUUUACUCUGAAAGCUCAGGAGCCUGAACAUUCACUCCCUGCCCUCAAAGCAGUGUUUGCAUCUGCUGCACCUAAGUUCAUUUACACCCUGGCAGCAUGGCGCCCAGGGGCUAGUAUUCCAAACUUUAAAAAUAAUAGGAGUUACUCUCUUUUAUUUGAUUCUUAAAUCUUCAAAUGAAUACUAGUAGUAAAACAGAAACACAAAAUUUCCCACACACUAAUUUUCUCUUAGAUUAUAUGGGUUAGAAUUUGUCAUUUUUUCCAUCUCUCUUGCCAUCAGACACAUCAUGCAAAAUGACUUCUUUUUUUAAUAAAUAUUCUGGCAAUGUUUAGAAAGGGAGAUUCCAAACUCAUUUGGCAAAACAGUUGAUUAUUUGGAAAUGCUCACUGCCAAAACAUUAAGUACUAUAAUUAAAUGUGCUUUUAAUUAAUGAUAUCGUGUUUGGAAAGAAGUAGAGUAUGCAGUGUAAAAAACAGCUGCAGCGUGCUGUUUAGGGGUAAAUUUUUAGAGCAAAUGCAGUAAAUCUUCUGGCCCUGUGAAUCAUUAUGAGAGAAAAUGGGAAUUAGGUGACCUGAACCUCCCAUGUGGUAUUAGAAAGUAUACCUGGUCACCUUUUCAGAUCACUGGAGUGUAAAGACUAAAACGAGACUGAUUCCUAACAUUCCUUGGCUGUCAACAUAGUUCGAGUUCACUGGAAUAUUGCCCACAUUUCAUUGCAUUUGGUGCUGGGUCAUCUUGACCCUCUUUUGUUCAAUAAUAAUAUCUUUGAAAACAAAGACAAUUCUUAAAGCUUUGCCCUCAUACAGUCCUUUCUAACUGUAGAUUGAACUUAAAUUCCCAAAAAAUAUUUUUCAAAAGAAAAGAGAAAAUAAUCCUUCUGUCAAAGGAGGUAAAAUUUUAGUUGAAAGAGUCUAAAAAUGUAUUACUUUACUAAGUUACAUACGUGGUCAGUAUUUUCCAGUAUGUGUCAAAACAAAGUAAUUAGUAUUCAUGAUAAAAAUGAAACUGUGAUAAGACAAGAAAAUUAUAUUAUAAAAAUGUUUGAUUGCAAUAGUAAUCAUGAGUAUACUUAAUUUUAUUUAUGUGUAGAAUAUUUGUAUUUAUUUUUUGGAAAUAUAUUUAUCACUUUGUGUGUGGUAUUUUUUUAACCAAUUUGAAAAAAAAAUGUUAGCUGCUGAAUUCAUUUGUUGGCAGAGCCUUCAUGGUUUCUUCUUUGCUGCUUUCUCCCUAUGGCAAUGUACUGUUCUUACAUUAAGCCUUUUAAAAAUGUUCCAUUACAUAUUAGCAUCCUUAGAAAGGGCAGAGCCAAGAAAUACACUGCCCAAGUAAGGUUUUGGGGGCUGGCCCCGUGGCCUAGUGGUUAAGUUUGUGCUCUGCUUUGGCAGCCCAGGGUUUCGCCGGUUCGGAUCCUGGGCGCCGACGUAGCACUGCUCAUCAGGACAUGCUGAGGUGGCA